AUGCGGCGAGUUGAACGGAACGGCAAGUUGGCACCAGGAUGUCCCUGGUCGAUCCGACAAACAGGCGUAUACCAGAAAUUGGUACAGCCAGCGGACAGCUCCCAAGAGGCCAUCUCAACAUUCUUCCUGGUGGCACCGUCCUCGGCAAUUGAGAGCGAUCUCAUGCGAAACUUGGGUGAUAUUACCAACAACGUGAAGGCAGCCUUUUUAAUUCAUAAGAGUAUUGUGGCAGAGAGUUUGGCGGGUUGGAUGGAUUAUAUGUGCUGGCUAGAGGAGCAACUAACCAAAAAGUCAACGCGAGUGAUGGCGACGCCUAAUGAACUCGAGGAAGACAGGCACGAACUCAGGCAGCUAGGGGAUAAUAUCACGGACCUUCGCGUGGUUCUCCAGACGAAGGUGCUAACCAUUAGACGACUGAAGAAGGACUAUCAAAGGUACUGUUCAAUACGCUGCAAGGACUCACGCAACUGCAAGUGUGGGCAGAUAAUCCAAGAAUUUGAGGAGUACGUAGAUGAGGCCCAGAUGUACUUGGAGCGAGCAGCCGUACUCCAGGACAGAGUUCAGUCUGUCCAGAACUUACUGUCUGAUCUACUGGGAUACGAGGAGCUGCGAACGCUGAGAGAGCUCAUGGCACACACAGUCCAGGGAUCCACGGCCAUGGAGCAAGUGGCAGUCAUCGGGCUGGUCUUCAUACCGGCAACGCUGGUGGAGAAUUUUUUUUCUACCGAAUUCGUCAAAAAUGAUAGUGAUGGUCUAAGGGUGUCCGGGCAAGUGUGGAUUAUGGUGGCUGUGGCUGUGCCAAUGACUGUAUGUGUGCUUGUAUUUUGGCGGCUUUGGCUGCGGUAUGAGUUCUUUCGCCUCCGACCUCUCAGGCUUGCCAGGCGGAGCCUGAAGGCCCUCGUCAAGGCCAAAAGAUCGAAGGAUGAAGACCCGGGGAUGAAGGUCUGAUGCAGUAUCUCCACUGUUGUGGGGGAGAGAAGCCUUGAGCCCAUGAGCUUUGCCCAAUUUGGAAUG